GGUUCGUCACCGAAAAAUCUUUCACUCGAAGAAUUCGGCUACGACCUGACUAAACUUGCAGCGGAAGGAAAACUUGAUCCUGUGAUUGGGCGUGAGGAAGAAAUCAGGCGCACUAUACAAGCUGGUGUUGGAAAGACAGCAAUUGCUGAGGGGUUGGCUCAAAGAAUUGUUAAAGGCGAAGUCCCAGAAAGUAUUAAAGAUAAAAAGGUGAUAGCUUUGGACCUAGGAUCGCUCAUUGCAGGUUCAAAGUAUAGAGGAGAAUUUGAAGAACGACUUAAGACCGUAUUACGUGAAGUUCAGGAAGCUGAAGGAAAAUUUAUUUUGUUCAUUGACGAAUUGCAUAAUCUGCUUGGAUUGGGAAGGUCAGAAGGAUCAAUAGAUGCCGGAAAUUUACUUAAACCUGCUUUGGCUAAGGUGAUGAUCGUCGAACCGAGUGUCGAAGAAACAAUAACUAUUUUACGAGGUCUUAAAGAAAAAUACGAAAUACAUCACGGAGUUCGGAUUUCGGACUCAGCACUUGUUGCUGCUGCUACGUAUUCUCAUCGAUAUAUUACGGAUAGAUUUCUUCCAGAUAAAGCUAUAGAUCUUGUUGACGAAGCAUGCUCAAAGCUUCGUUUACAGCAAGAAAGCAAACCUGAAGCAAUUGACAAUCUUGAUAGACAAAUAAUAAUUCUGCGAAUUGAAUUAGAAUCAUUGAAGAAGGAAACAGACACGGCUUCUCAGGAACGUCGAAUGAAAUUGCAGAAAGAAUUAGAUCAGAAGCAAAAAGAAUUAGAUAAACUCAGCAUGAUUUGGCAGGAAGAGCGAGCUAAACUCAAAGAAAUUAAAAAUAUUAAAUCCCAAUUAGAGCAAGCUAAAAUUGAGUUGGAAUUAGCCCAGAGACAAGGUAAUUUUACUCAAGCAAGCGAACUUCGCUACGGAAUUAUUCCAGAAUUAGAGAAGAAACUUCCUCAUGAUGUUGAGGAAGAAAGUUCAGAAUCUCUUAUCCACGAAAGAGUCAUUGCAGAUGAUAUUGGAGUCAUUGUUUCUCGGAUGACUGGCAUUCCAAUUCAUAACUUACUUAGAAGCGAAAGGGAUAAGUUAUUACAUAUGGAAGAAAAUCUUUCGCGACGCGUUGUAGGACAAGAUGAGGCUAUUCGAGCUGUAUCAGAAGCAGUCAGGCUGAGUCGUGCUGGAUUACAAAGCCCUUCGCGACCGAUCGCUUCAUUUUUGUUCCUCGGUCCCACAGGAGUAGGAAAGACCGAGCUUUGUAAAGCUAUCGCAGAGUUUUUGUUUGAUACGGAAUCAUCUAUUAUUCGUGUAGAUAUGAGUGAAUAUAUGGAAAAGUUUGCAGUAUCACGUUUGGUUGGUGCACCACCUGGUUAUGUUGGAUAUGAAGAAGGUAUAUAUACUGACAUAUUAAAAAUAAAACAAGUUAAUAUUUAUAUCAAGAUGUUUACUCAAUAUUGCCAAUAUUUAAUAGGAGGUGAACUCACAGAGGCAGUUCGACGUAAGCCAUUUUCAGUUGUUCUUUUGGAUGAAAUGGAAAAGGCUCAUAGAG